AUGAUCUGUGUCCAGCCGGAAGAUGAAUGGAAACUCGAGCAAGGCCUUGCAGCCGCCGAGCUGCCCAUCCGCGACCAGACUCUCCCUGAGGGUCAGUUUGUCGAAGACGUAGCACUCGACGAAGAGAUCAUCAAGGAGCUUGAGGAGGCUCGAGAAUAUCUCGAAAAGGAGGAGAUUGAUCCGAAUCUGGUGUUCGCCGAAGAACGCGAGGGCUGGCACGGAUACAUCGAAUGGGAACAGUACCCGGAGAAAAAGGCGCUUGCGCACAAGAUCAUGAUCACCAACAAAUUCCCUCCGCCGCCCGAGUUCCAGCUGGGUCCUAUUCCGAACACAAACCCUGUUCUGGAAGGUGUUCGCUGGAAACAGUGGCACAAGGCCAUUGGAGGGCCUCUGACCUCUGUCCCCGAAGAAUCAUGGCUGCGAGUGAUCCAGGAGAAGCACCCCGAGAUGCUGCAUCUGUUGCAAUUCCCCUACAACGGUGAACCCCCAAAGCGCCUGGUCACUGCCAAACCAGUCACCCCGAACCCGUUGCAUUUCAUCAGAAACCACGGUGGAAUCCCUGACAUUGAUGCGGACGCAUGGGAGCUCAAACUCGAUGGCCUGGUCAAGCAUCCCCGUACUUUUACUCUAAAGGAUCUUCAGAACGAAGAAAUCUUCCCGCGGAUGGAGAAAAUGGUGACCAUCCAAUGCUCUGGUACGCGCCGUAUCGAGCAGAUUCAGAUGUACGCGGGUGAGGGUGACGAGAUGAUCAACGCACCCUGGGCAGAAGGAGCCAUCGGCACGGCUCGCUAUAUGGGCGUCUCGCUCAAGAAGGUCAUCAAGCAGUGUGGCGGUAUGGCCGACGGCGGGAAACAUCUCGAAUUUCACGGGGCGGACACCUACUUCAAGCAGAACGAGGUCAUGAAUUACCUGGUCAGCGUGCCGUGGUCCAAAGUCAAGGCCAACGAGGUGAUGCUCGCGUGGGAGAUGAACGGUGAGCCUCUGCCCAAGAUCCACGGUUACCCUGUGCGUCUAGUUGUCAUGGGCUAUAUCGGCGCCCGCUCCGUGAAAUGGGUCUACCGCAUCCGCGCGCUCCCCCACCCGACCCGGGCCCCCGUCCAGAGCAAGGAGUACCUGUACUUCAACCAGCAGGUGGGCAAGCACAACCAGCUCCCGGUGAUGGGAAUUCAGAUCCAGGAGAUGCCCGUGUCCAGCGCCAUCAUGUCACCCUGGACCAAGCAGGUCGUGGUGCACGAAGGCAAGAUCGCAUGCAAGGGCUGGGCCUACUCGGGCGGCGGUCGAUGGCCCGAGCGAGUUGAGCUCUCAGCCGACGGCGGCUUCUCGUGGUACUCUGUUCCGAACGAGAACCUCUCGACCAAACACAAAUGGGCGUGGCGGACCUGGGAGUUCGACCUGCCCUGCGACGUGGAGGGGUGGAUCGAGAUUGUCGUGCGCUGCUGGGACAACAGCCUCAACACGCAGCCGCUCGAGGUGCGCAACUCGUGGAACUGGGGCCUGCAUGUGACGUCGUCGUGCCACCGCGUCAAGAUCUACAGCGUCAACAAGAGCCGGGAGCUGACGCGCAAGAGGAUCGAGGAUUUCGCAAAGAGAGGCGAGUCGCUCGUGCCCAUCACCCGCCCGACAGAGUUCCAGACCAUGACUCCGGACGAGUACGACGAGUGGUGGUCCAAACACGAUCCUCGGGACGUGGACGAAUGA